AGUUCAUUCUGUACCUCUUCCUACAGCGGCUACAAUAUAAUGUUUUUCAAUAGAGCAACUCUGCAAAUUUGGCUCAAAGAGACCCUGAGCAAACAGCAUUUCACGAACCUUCAACUCAGCUGUCAGAGGGAAGUGUGUUUCAUAUGUAUGCUUUCCAAACUACAUUAGAGAAAAGCUUCUAGGUUCGUAUGCGUUUUUGUUUAUCAGUUCCAGAUCAGGAACCUGAUGCUAAUUUCUCUUUAAAGCCUCCGCAGUACAUUUAUAUUCCAAAAACAAAAAAGGAGUGUGACGUUUUCUCUUUCUCACUCGCUCGCUCUUGCUGUGUGUGGGGGGGUUCCUCCCACCCCUUGGCUUUACUCUAAAGACCUUUGCAUUUCAUUACAGUCUCAAGAUGAAGGUUCUGGAGGUUAUAGUAGUGCUGGUAGCCCUGGUACAAGUUUCUCAGAGUUUCCCCACAUUGUACUACAGGAGCUGGUUGAGAUUGUUAAGGGAAGGAGAUAGCUGUGGAAAAUGCAAUUUGGAACUUUGCUCCAAGCCUACACACUGUCCAGCCGGGACUGUAUUAGAUCAUUGUGGCUGCUGUUCUGAAUGUGGGAAUGUGGAAGGGCAGAUCUGUGACUUGGACAAGGUCAAUCAUUUCUACGGGCAGUGUGGGGAGAACUUGGAGUGCAGGCUGGAUGCCGACGAAUCCAAGUCUGGGGAAAUCCCUGAACCACAAUGUGUCUGCAAAUCCCAAGAAAGUGUCUGUGGACCUGAAGGCAAGACCUAUGCGAACAUCUGCCAAUUCAGUGAGGCUUAUUCUGAGAAGAGAAGAAAUAUCAACAUGAAGCACAAAGGACCAUGUGAAUCAGCUCCUGUUAUUUCUUUGCCACCUCAGGAUGCUCAGAAUUUCACAGGUAAUGACGUCAUCUUUGGCUGUGAAGUGUCUGCCUAUCCUAUGCCACACCUUGAGUGGAAGAAAAAAGGGAAUAAAAUGUUUCUGCCAGGAGAUGAUGCCCACAUCUCAAUCCAGGCAAGAGGUGGGCCUCAGAAGUAUGGUGUGACAGGGUGGCUGCAAAUUCAAGGCAUCAAGAAAUCGGACGAAGGCAUCUACAUCUGCCAAACAAAAAACAAGUAUGGCACUGCGUAUGCAUCUGCAAGGCUGAAAGUCAUUGAUGGUUCAUCCUCUACAUUUCAGAUUUCUGCUGGCAGCAGAACCACAAGCUACGCUACAGAUUAUGAAGACUAUUAUGACCAUACUGAAGAGGAGGAAGAAUAUGAAUCUGGGGACUAUGAAAAUUGAAAUAAGUUCCUGUGAUAGCCUAGACUUAUUAAGGGUCCAAUAUCCUUCCCUUUCAGCUGUAUUUACUAGUGUGAUCUGUUCUGUAAAGAGUCGUUUCCUUCCCACAGUUUGUAUAUCAUUCUUCUGGAAUUUGCAAGUUCUGCUCAGUCAUUUGGCCAAAGAGUACUGUACUACAUAUCAGUAAUAAUAAUCAGAUAGACCAGGGGCUCUCAAACGGGGAGUCAUGACCUCUCAGGGGGUUGCGAGGUUAUUACAUGGGGGGGUCACGAGCUGUCAGCCUCCACCCCAAACUCCGCUUUGCCUCCAGCAUUUAUAAUGGUGUUAAAUAUAUAAAAAAGUGUUUAAUUUAUAAGGGGGUCGCACUCAGAGGCUUGCUAUGUGAAAGGGGUCAACAGCACAAAAGUUUGAGAACCACUAAGAUAGACCAUAGGCUGGUAUUGUCAGACUAUUGAACACACUGUUAAACAUGGACCUGCCUAUUAAGUAUUCUGAAAAAGAUAAUCUUCUCCAUUUUAAUUUUUUAAAAUGGUGAAGAUUGGAUGAACAAAAUCAGUUCCGAAACUAAAGGAAUUCUUUACCUGACAUCCAUUAUCUUCUUUCUGCAUUGCCCAUGUAGAUAUCAAGAGAGCAUUCACAAACACAAGUAGUUACGAUUGCAAAAUAGCUUCAAAUCAAACUCCUUUCACACUUUCAGGAAGAUUUUCCUUUUCUGGUUUGAUAGCUUCCAGGGUUAGUCUCAGCCCAAAGUGAAUUGUCUUUUUUUUUUUUUUUUUUGAGCUGAGUGCAUGAAACAAUUACACCUUUCCCACUGCAUAAAUACAGCAGGUCUCCUAAGUCAUCGUCCUUGUCAGGGGCAGAAAUUUACUAUCUGACAGAAGGGAUCUGGGACCAAGGAGCAGUGAGGAAAAUCCAGGGCUGCCUGUGCAACCAAACCGACAGACAUACUGUAUGGCUCCACCCAGAAUAUUUUAUUUACCUCCUAUUCUUUCCCUCCAUCUUAGAGACCAAUGUCCAAGGCAUGGAUCUUCACUUAUGCUUGAAGCAGCAUUGGGUAAGCUGGGCUUUCUACAAAUUAAUGUGGAGUUAGCAGGAGUGGCUACUCCUGGUCUCUGUCCAUGCCCUUCAGACACAUGGAACUCCAACUGCACAACGGUCACGUAGACAAAAUUCUGUGGGCUCCAACACUCACUUUUUUUGUGAUGCUUCCAACUAACAGUGCAUUUUAGCUGCAUACGCUUCUGAUCCCUUGAGAUAUUGCAUUCAUGGAAAUGCAAAAGGCAUUUUUUAAAAGCGGAAAAUUAUUUCUUUUUUAAAACAUUCUGGGAAAAUUCACAUACAUUUUUCAAGCAAUCUCAAUGAUUGGCUGUAUUCCAUUUGGUCAAUCUAAUGUACUCUAACUGCCUUCAGUCUUGUUUCUCCACACAUUUAAAACUUUAACAUUUGGAAUAUAAAAUAAUAGCCCUUAAAAAUUUGCCCAUAUGAUUUAGAUAACUAAAGAAUUACCUGAGGCCAAGAUAUUCAAUAAUGGGUGCCUGUAGUUUAACUCUUAAAGCCAAAUUUUGGGCACUAAAUAAGUGUUCUGGUUUUCAGACAUGCUGAGCACACAUUACAUCCCAUUGCACCUCUGCAAAUCAAGACACUUAUUUAGGUGCCUAAAUAUGGAUUUAAGACCCAAACUCUAGGCACCCAGUGUUUAAAGUCUUGGCCUCAUUACUUGCAAUCUUCCCUCCGUAUUUCCUAUACUAAAUACAGUGAUGUAUAAUAAAUGCAGGAAAUAGCAUGGUAAUAUUCUCUAUUUAUCCAACUUAAAGUUCGGAAAGUUUUAAGUGCAUCCACUGAAAAUGGUGCAUUGACUUUACCUUAAUUUAGUUUUUUGCAUUUAGCAUAUAUAUAUAAUGUGGGUGUUCUAAAUGUAUGUACCAUGAAAUUUGAACAUCUCCUUUAUUCUUAGGAUGCUGCUUUUUCUGCCAUAUGACAUUGGAAAUUUAAAUUUUCUUUAGAUUUGCAAUAAAGUCGUAAGCUGGAUAUGAACCCUGUUUAUAGGUGCUGGAACUAGCGGUGCGGAGGUGCUGCAACACCCCCUGACUUGAAGUGGUUUCCAUUCUAUACCGGGUUUACGGUUUGGUUAAAUGGCUCUCAGCACCUCCACUAUAAAAAUUGUUCCAGCACCCCUGACUCUGUUUGCCAUGAGGUAUUAAUGAACUUCAUGGAGAUAACAAAGACAUAUUUGGAGGAGUUGUUUUUUGUUGUUUUUUUUUUGUAGAUUUCCUAGCAUGAUGUUAAUUUAGGAAUGAAGUUCAUGCCAUAAGGUCAUUGACAAGAUCAUUUGACUUAGGUUUAAAAGAUGGCUUUGGAUUUAACCAGUGGCCUUAUUGUUAUAAGCUAUUACCAAUCUCUCUACACCUAGGUCCAACAACUUACAUUUUUGUAUAUUAGCUAAAUAUUUAUUAAUUUAAAAAGAAACUUGAUCAGUAGAUUUUAUUAAUUUCUAAAAUGUAAUCUAUUUCUAUUGAAAAUACCCAAUCCACAGAUAUGGAGUUCCAGGGGAUUUGUUUGUUUGUUUAUUUGUUCGUUACUACAAACAAGAGAUUACCAAAGAAAAUAAUUUCAUUGUGGUAAAGUACAUAUCAACACAGGGGACCAAAAGAUAUUAUCUUCAAAACAUUAUGCGUGGAGACAAACUAGAAUUCUUUAUGGUCUCCUGCUGCUAAUGCAAAAUGAAAAACAAAGAGAAUGACAGCUGGAGGAGAAAAACAUAUAUCAUACUAGAGCUGUGUCAAAAACUAUACAGUUGUAUGCAAACUAGAUAAUUUGGCUGGAUUCUUUGUGACCACCCUCAGAAAGCAAACAUUUCCAAAGCAUAGUUUUCACAAUUAAAUGUAUUUUGUUUGCGGAUGUGUGUAUUUGGGGUAGUUUAACCACUUCAUUGCUGUGUUAUUUAUUGCCAUGAAAUUCUUAUUCCUUUCAGUGGAAAUACUGUGCAACAAAAAAUGUGAAGUCAUUCAAGAAAGAGGGCAUGCACCAAGCUGAUCUUUUCUUGGCUGCUUUCUCUCUCUCUCUCUCUCUCUUUUUUUUUAAAUCAGACCUUUCAAAAUUAAAUAAAAAGGAUACAACAGAUUCAGCCUUUUUUAGGUGGGAUAACAAUAUGCAUAAACACAAACAAAUAGAUCCAGUUUAGGGUUUCUCUGUAGCAAGAGAUGUAGUCAAAUAAUCCAGUAACAACAAAUUCAGUAGGAUGGUGCCAUUCCACCCAGGAGAAAAUGAGACACACACCUGAGCUGGAAAUAGUACAUUAAAACCACAAGGAAGUCCAAGUGAGACCUCUUAUUAGGAACAUAUACAUUCUUAGUUCCCAGUCCUGCUCCCACGGAAGCCAAUAAGAGUUUAGCUAUUGACGUCAAUGGAAUCAAGAUUAGCUAUGAUGCCAAAACCAGGCAGCACCUUCAGAACAGUGUCUGCAAUGUGUCCUACGGUCCAGCUUCCAGUGUGAAGGAGGGCAAAAGGCAUAAAAACUCUACUAAAUUGUUCUUUUUAAGAAACCGAAAAAGGGUUUUAUUCUUUAUAUUCAAAAUUUUUGGUAGCAGAACCUACACACACACAGAGAGAGAAAGAGAGAGAGAGAGAGAGAGAGAGAGAGAGAACCUGAGUCUUGGUUUACAUUUGCCCUGCUACGCUCUAUCUGGGUCUCUAAUGGGGUUAGGAGGCGGUUUCACUGAGAGUUUAGAAACAUGCACACACUUUCCCUCUGUUUGAUUUUAAAUCCCUGGAGUUUCCCACUUUUUCUGCCCCUAAAAAUGAUUGUUCUUGCUCCCUAUGAAGACUGGAUCCUGAAUGCAACUAAGACAAGCAGGGGGAGGGAUAUCUCGGUGGUUUGAGCAUUGGCCUGCUAAACCCACGGUUGUGAGUUCAAUCCCUGAGGGGGCUACUUAGGGAUUGGGGCAAAAAUUGGGGAUUGUUCCUGCUUUGAGCAGGGGGUUGGACUAGAUGACCUCCUGAGGUCCCUUCCAACCCUGAUAUUCUAUGAUUUUAACUGAUACAGCCACACACUAGACAAGAGUGCACAAAAUUGGCAUGAGCUCCACAUUCCCACAGGUGAACAAUGGUGUCACUCUCUAAUACUCCCAAUUCUGCCCAGCCCAAGAAACAAGAGCUUUAAGUUUGCUCCAGCAUUGCAUAUUGACUGUCUUUUGAGCAAGGCAUUCACCCAGCAAAAGGUUGCUGUUGCUUAUCUUAACACUAUGCCUAUGAAUCUCAGUGCAUUUGUAGUUAUUUUUUUACUCAGUUCCAUUAUCACAGUAUUGCUGCCUCACUGUAUGCAAAUAUCCUAACCUGCUAAUAUGAAUGAUGCAGUAUUGUAAUAUACAAACAAUUGUGUAUAACACAAAGCUGAAUAAAACCAAAGGCUUAAUAAUUUACUGUGAAAGAUAUAAUACAUUUAAAUAAUCCAACAGUAAUACAUUUGAUUAGGAGGGGCCCUUAAUAUUACAAAUCUUAAAAUGGUACAAGUAUUUAUAAGUUUUUGUGCAGUUAAAUGUUACCUAGCCACUAUAGUCCAGUGGAUCGAGCUCAGAGUUGAGAUACAGACACUUCUGAGCUCUAAUCCUCUCUCGCUGUGUAGCCUUUUGGCAAUUCACUUCAUUUCUGUCUUAUCUACAAAAUGGGAUGUUGUGAGGUUUAAUUUGUUGCUAUCUAUACAGUGUAUGUGUACAGCACUGGACAGCAGCUAGUUCUGCUGGUUUCUGAGGUGACUUCCACAUGGAUUACCACAUCAUACAAGAUCCCAGGAAGAGAUGACACAACCUUUGGCCAACUCACAGCUUGAUCAAAAUGUUUUGCCACUACAGGUGUUACUACAUGUAGAUGGUGGCAGGGAGCUAGAGUAUUGUUCAGUUCUCAGAGGAGCGGAUGCUGACAAUGAGGUGUGUGUUCUAGUUACUUGCAGAAAAUGCAAGGCAUUAUCCAUUGGUACAAUGGCCUCCUGCAAUGUCUGGGGCAAGCGGUGGAGUGUGUCAAGAGACACUUGCCCAGAAAGCUUGCUGAAAGGUGAGGCACUGUAUCAUGGGAUAGAGCUGGGACAGCCCUCUGAACCGAUGCAGUUACAACAUGUGAUCUCCUAUCCACAGUGAGGAAAAAGCAUCAUACUCAGCAUUUGUCCACCCAGACUGGAGCUAAAGACUUGCUCCUGAGUAGUGCAAUCAUCAAUCAAUGGGACCAAUUCCUGUAAAGAUCCUGGAGCUGCAUUUGUAUGUGGAUGCAGGACAUUUUACUGGUGUUGCAAGUUCUGAGCAUUACACUUUGUUGUUUGCAAUGCUAUUCUGCCUAGGGUAGAUAGGGUUUAAGAAACUGUAUUUGGAACCCUCCAUUGGCUCCUCAUUCAGCUUCUUAAGUAAAAUUCAAAUAGAAAGGAGCUCAUCCAUCUCUCAGCUGCUAUGAAGCAUUGAUGGACCAGAAGCUUCCUUUG